GUUCAAAGGUAAUGAGCAGAGCUUCACCCGAAGCAGUUGUUGUGAUAUGAUGGAAAAAUUCAAGAUCCUAUAGGUAGUUCCUUCCCUGGAAGUAAAGCCCCUUUACGCGAUACGGACUGGGCCUGCUAAUGAAGAUGAAUCGAAUGGUGGUGUUUCUUUGCCUCCUGGCAACAGCCGGAGCAGCUCCAGCCUCUCACAAUGUACAUAGUAGCACUGGAGAUAAUAAGGAUGUAUCAAAUGCAAGGAAUGCAAGUGAACGUGACGUUGGGAAGAAUAACAAGGAAUAUUUUGAACACCAAAAGGCAAAGAAAGUCAGUGGAAAUACCAAUCCCAUCAGUGAAAAACACAAUGGUGCUAAAAGUGCAAUAAGCGGAAUAAAAGAUUCCCACACUGGUGCAAACCUAAUUGCUGCUGAUGAUGAUGAUUUUGUUGAUGCCAAUAGAAAUGGGGAUGGAAAAACCAAGGCCAAUCUUAGCAAUGUUAAAACACCUGGAAGUAAUAAAAUCCAAGUUCCCAAUGGACCUGGUACUGAUGGGGAAACUAUUAAUGGUGCUGUGGAAGAUGGUGUCUUUAUCUUCUUGCCCAAUGAGACUGGAGGAGGAAACUUUCUUGGUACAAGCCAAACAGAGCCUUCUAGUUUUGAUCCAAAUGGUCAGAAGGGCAAGGCUGGAGAUACAUUUGAUGAUCCUACAGGAAGCCAUAGCAACCAGGUUCAAACUCUAACCAACACCUAUGUAGGUGAACCUGAAAGAAGAGAGCCUGCAGCUAACACGAAUUUGAAAUCUACGGGGAACAAGGUCUAUGGAGAAAGUAUACAAUGGACAGAUAUGAAUGAAGGUGCCAGUGGUCAUGGUGAAGAUACAUCUGAAGAUGGUUGGGGUGAUGGAAACUCUGAAGACACGGCGGUUCUUGAGGAACAUGAGAUUGAAAAGGAUGACAAUGGGAGCAAACGUCAAGAUCACAACAGUAAAAAAACAAUGAAUUCUCUCAGCACCAGUGAGGAAGACAGUUCCCAAGAGUAUGACAUGAUCUCGGAAAAGGAUGAAACUGCGGAGCUGUGUCACAAAGCAAAGAAGAAUGAACACACAGAUCUUAAAAACAAAAGGAAUAGAGAUCUGAGCAACAGCAGUCCCAAGAAAAAAGGAGUGGCUGGGAAGAAAUCCCUAGGAGGGCUUACUAAUGCGAACAGCUCUCAAGAUGCCAAUGAACACUGGAGCAAGUCUAGAGGUGACCUUGAACAUUCAAUCCGCAAAGAUAGCAUCGACAGCAACACUUAUAGUUUUAGUGAUGAACUCAUGCAAGGAGAUGAUCCUGAUGACAGCCACGAGUCUGAAGGCUCUGAGGAGAGUGAACAAGAUGAGGAUGAGAGGGCCAGUGAGGAUGUCAGCGAUGAGCAGUCAGAGAGCAAUGAUGAAGAUAGAGGACAUCAACCACUCAGCAGGGAAUCUGAGGGUGUCAGUCAAUCAGCAAGCAGCGAGAGCCAAUCUGUUAGCAGUGAAAGCAAAUCUGAUAGUAGCAGUGAAAGUGAGAGCAAUUCCAAUAGCAGUAGUGAGAGCAAAUCCGAGAGCAGUGAGGGCAAAUCUGACAGCAGCAGUGACAGCAAAUCUGACAGCAGCAGUGAGAGCAAAUCUGAUAGCAGCAGUGAGAGCAAAUCUGAUAGCAGCAGUGAGAGCAAAUCCGAGAGCAGUGAGGGCAAAUCUGGUAGCAGCAGUGAGAGCAAAUCUGAUAGCAGCAGUGAGAGCAAAUCCGAGAGCAGUGAGGGCAAAUCUGACAGCAGCAGUGAGAGCAAAUCCGAGAGCAGUAAGGGCAAAUCUGAUAGCAGCAGUGAGAGCAAAUCUGACAGCAGCAGUGAGAGCAAAUCUGAUAGCAGCAGUGAGAGCAAAUCUGAUAGCAGCAGCGAGAGCAAAUCUGAUAGCAGUAGUGAGAGCAAAUCCGAGAGCAGUGAGGGCAAAUCUGACAGCAGCAGUGAGAGCAAAUCUGAGAGCAGUGAGAGCAAAUCUGAUAGCAGCAGUGAGAGUAAAUCUGAUAGCAGCAGUGAGAGUAAAUCUGACAGCAGCAGUGAGAGCAAAUCUGAUAGCAGCAGUGAGAGCAAAUCUGAUAGCAGUAGUGAGAGCAAAUCCAAGAGCAGUGAGGGCAAAUCUGACAGCAGCAGUGAGAGCAAAUUUGAUAGCAGUAGUGAGAGCAAAUCUGAUAGCAGUGAGGGCAAAUCUGAUAGCAGCAGUGAGAGCAAAUCAGACAGCAGCAGUGAGAGCAAAUCUGACAGCAGCAGUGAGAGCAAAUCCGAGAGCAGUGAGGGCAAAUCUGACAGCAGCAGUGAGAGCAAAUCCGAGAGCAGUGAGGGCAAAUCUGACAGCAGCAGUGAGAGCAAAUCCGAGAGCAGUGAGGGCAAAUCUGACAGCAGCAGUGAGAGCAAAUCUGACAGCAGUGAGAGCAAAUCUGACAGCACUGAGGGCAAAUCUGACAGCAGCAGUGAGAGCAAAUCUGAGAGCAAAUCUGACACCAGCAGCGAGAGCAAAUCUGAGAGCAGUGAGGGCAAAUCUGAGAGCAGCAGUGAGAGCAAAAGCAGUGAUGAAUCAGAGAGCAGUGAAAGCAGCAGUCAAGCAGCUAGCCAUGAAAGUAACAGCCAAUCAGGCACUGACAGCGAUGCCAAUGAUCAGUCAAAGAGCUAUGAAAGUGAGAGUGAAUCAGCAAGCCAUUCUGACAGCCGGAUGGCAGCCAGUAGUGAUGAAAGUUAUGCUGAUGGGAGUGACAUGGCAGAUACAACCGAAAAUUCAAGUGACAGCGAAUCUGCUGAGAGCAAGGAGAAAGAGAGCAAUCCUUUGGGCCAUGUGGACAGUGAAAGUGAAUCCAUAAGCGAAGGCAGUGAGAGCAACAAUUCCACCAGUGAUUAUUAAUGCAGAGUGAGGCAAAAGCGAUGGAAUGUAACUUAUUGGAAAUGAAAAUGGUUAUGAAAGGAAGAAGGAACAAAUGGUCAAAUCAGAUGAUUCGUAGACCUCGGCAUAGUGGAGAAUACACCUUAUCUACCCCACAACUUGUGCUGGUCCAGUACCAUUGGUCAGUCAUGCAGUGGCAUACAAGGCACAAAUUUUGUCAAAUUCUACUUGUAGUCUACAUUCGUGCAGUUGAUCUCCUAGGUAAAAUCCAGGAAUUAACCAUAUGUACAACAUCUAUAGGAGCCCCGUGGCGCACAGUGGUAAGCUGAGAUAAUGCAGCCCAAUCCAAAACCUUUAUUAGGCAUAAAACCGGUAUGUGUCAAGAAUUCCAAAUACCAUAAGAAGGUCAUUAUUGCACAACUUGUAGGACACGGAGUAAAAAUAUAGCAACAGCUCCCGAGAUUUCAACAUUAGAAUUAUUUAGAAGCUUAGCCAUUGUUUACCUAUCAGAAAGGAGCAAGGUAAUGCAGUCACAAAGCUCUGCUCACAACCUGAGUUCAAUCCCGACAGAAGUCGGUUUCAGGUAACUAUCUCAAGGUUGACUCAGUUUUCUAUCCUUCCGAGAUUAGUAAAAGAAGUACCCAGCUUGCUGG